AAAUCUUCGGCUCCAUUCUCCUCUCCUAAACUCCCCCUCCUUCCUAAUGAAGCUUUUUCAUCAUCAACCACAUCGCCUACCCCUGACUCUGCAUCCAGUCUUUACAAGUGUCAGCAUUGCAACAUUCUUUCUACUUAUCCCCGUACUUGUCCGGUUUCACAUUGUAACCGUACAAUGUCCUUCUCGCCUGCCCCGGGUUCUUCGACCAGUCUUUACAAGUGUGAAUCUAAAAGCUGCAACAUGCGAUCUACUACUUUUCGCAUGUGUCCGUCUUGUCCCAAUAAAUAUAUCUCCGCUGCUGAUGGCUUCGUUUUGAAACCAGCAGCGGAUGCAAAGCCGGUAGUAGGAUUCGUAAAGGGAUUGGUGACAUACAUGGUGAUGGAUGACCUUGCUGUUUCUCCCAUGUCCACAAUCUCUAACAUCACUUUGCUCAACAAGUUCAACAUCAAGGAUUUGGGUGAUUUAGAGGAGAAGGUUGUUGAUAUGGGCAUGAAUGAGGGCCUGGAACUAUUGAAGCAUUCACUGAAUUCUAAGACGGUGCUCACAAAUGUUUUUCUUGGUGACAAUAUGAAAAAGCGAAAAAGUGAUGGUAGUUGAUGGUUAUGGACUUGUUUAAAGGUACAUUUUAUGAGUUUUAAUGUUUUUCUUGGUGACUAUAUGAAAAAGAGUAAAAGUAAUGGUAAUUGAUGGU